CGCGGGGCCGGUGCCGCCGGGGUGUGGGUCGGUGCCGCCGGGGGCGGCGCGUUCCGGCGGGCGCCAUGGCGGUGAACUACAGCGCGAAGGAGGAGGCGGACGGGCACCCCUCGGGCGGCGUCGGGGUGCCCGGCGGCGGAGCGGUGGGCGGCGGCGGCGGAGGCGGCGGCGGGGCGGUGAAGACCCGCAAGCCCGAUAACACGGCGUUCAAGCAGCAGCGGCUGCCGGCCUGGCAGCCCAUCCUGACGGCGGGCACGGUGCUGCCGGCCUUCUUCAUCAUCGGCCUCAUCUUCAUCCCCAUCGGCAUCGGCAUCUACGUCACCUCCAACAACAUCCGCGAGUACGAGAUUGACUAUACAGGAACAGAGCCUUCCAGUCCCUGCAACAAGUGUUUAAAUGUGUCCUGGGACAGCUCAGCACCUUGUACUUGCACCAUCAAUUUCACCCUGGAGCACUCGUUUGAGAGCAAUGUGUUCAUGUAUUAUGGACUGUCCAACUUCUACCAAAACCACCGCCGCUACGUGAAGUCUCGAGACGACAGCCAGCUCAACGGAGACAACAGCUCCCUGCUGAACCCAAGUAAGGAAUGUGAGCCUUACCGCACCAACGAGGACAAGCCCAUUGCUCCCUGUGGAGCCAUUGCCAACAGCAUGUUCAAUGAUACUCUGGCGUUGUACCUCAUCGAAAAUGAGACCACAGUGCCUAUCACUCUGAUCAAAAAGGGCAUUGCCUGGUGGACAGACAAAAAUGUGAAGUUCAGGAAUCCUACAGGAGAUGGAAAUAACUUAACUGCACUUUUCCAAGGCACAACAAAGCCUGUGAACUGGCCCAAGCCAGUGUACAUGCUGGACUCUGAGCCUGACAACAAUGGCUUCAUCAACGAGGACUUCAUCGUCUGGAUGCGCACGGCUGCCCUGCCCACCUUCCGCAAGCUCUACCGCCUCAUCGAGAGGAAGGACAACCUGCAGCCUACCUUGCAGGCUGGAAACUAUUCUUUGGUUAUCACAUACAAUUAUCCUGUACACAGCUUUGAUGGCCGAAAAAGAAUGAUCCUAAGCACCAUCUCCUGGAUGGGAGGCAAAAAUCCCUUCCUGGGCAUUGCUUACAUCACUGUUGGGUCCAUCUGCUUCUUCUUAGGGGUCGUGUUGCUGAUCAUCCACCACAAAUACGGCAACCGCAACACCAGCGCGGACAUUCCCAACUAACCCUCCUGCACCCCCAAAGCAAAUCUGCUGCAUGUGCAUCAAGGCCAGUCCACAACAGACCCAGUUUUUGAAAGGCAAAUCUCUGCUCCUCUCACUACUGAGGCUGGGUACCUCACGUGUCCCUGAGGCUCUCCCUUCCCGUGCUGUGGGUUAGCUCCUCCAGCCGACGGGUGUCCAGUUAGCUACGUUGAUUGUAUCUCUGCCCACCUCAGAUCCAGGCUCUCCUGCUGGUUUCUUUGCCUCUGGGCUGGGCAGGCCACACGAUGCCUCUAGCUCCUGUGGUUCCCUCCAUGCAUCUGCUGCUUGUUCAUGUGUUGUGUAACCUCGGUGUGAAUUCAGUACCUGGAGGUUUAGUGGAGAGAGGC